AUGAAAGUGAGGGUUGAUGAUGAUGGACAUCCCGCGGAUGAAUUUUUGGAAGAGGGAGUCAAACCCACAAACGCAGAAGAUGACCAUAACUUUAAUAAGACUAUGCCAAGACUCGAAGCAAAAUGUGAAAUAAAACAUGCAAAAGUAAGAAGACUAGUUGUGUCUUCUGUUGGGAAAGUCCAGCAAUGCAUUGAACAUCAAGGAAGAUAA